CCGGCAAAGGCAGGGCCAUGGAUGUUUAACUCUUGGACUUGGUCUCAAAAUUCUUUCAUAAUUUUCUUGAGAAUAUCUAACGUCAGAUAUGAAUCAGAAAUACCUACCCUGAUGACAUUCUUGAUGUACUUUUCAUAUUAUUUGCAGUGGCAAAUCUGCACUAGUUGUUGAUUAAACCUGCCAGCUAGCCAGACAUCACAAGUGACCGAUCUCUCUGUUCACUCACAAUCUGUAGAGAUUCAGGACAUCAGACAUGGAUGGGUGAUGCAUCACACAAGACUAGAGAGAGCCUGGUUUGAGUUCACUGUGGUAGUUAAACCAAUAUGGGUUUGUGCUUCUCAUCCUGCAAAGGUCUACAUGAUGGAGAAACUGGAAAUGCCAAUACCACAAAUGCUCGCCAGGAUGUUGGAGAUGGUCAGAUAGCAAGUGGAGAAGAGGAUUGCGGAGAGCAGCAAAUGGCUAAAGAUGACCAGAAUGCAACUGAAAAUCUGAAUGAAGAUGACAAUAUAACUGAAGUUCAUCAGGUGGAUAAAGAUAGUUUCAAUGAUGAAGAUGAGUUGGAUAGAAAGAAACCAAAUGGUAAAGAUGAAAUAAUGAUUAUUGAUGAAGAAAAGUUCAGUGAAGAUGAGCAUAUACAGAUAGGUAACCAAGUAGAUGAAGAGAAUAAAACAGUUGUAGAUGUAGAGGUUGUUCAGGUAGGUCAAGGGGAUGUGAUUGUACAACACAACAUAAACACAAACGAUAAACAAACACAUUUAGUUGAAAACCAUAAGAUAAGUGAAGAAGAGUACAUCGCACAGCUUUGCAGGAAGUAUUCUAAGGACAAUCCCAUCCCAAAAGAGGAAGCUGAACUCUUCCUCAAAGAAUUGGCCUUUCCUUUGCCAACCAUGCCUCAUCUCACCUUGAGCGAUGAUAUCAUAGCCGGCAAAAGAAUCUUCAUUAUUGGUGAUGUCCAUGGUUGCUAUGACAACCUUCUAGCCCUCUUGCACAUAGCUGAUAUUGACAAGGACCCCAACGCCCUGCUGAUUUUUGUUGGAGACAUCGUCAACAAGGGACCCAAGACCUGCGAAGUACUUGACUUUGUCCGCUCAUCAAACUCUUACUGUGUCAUGGGAAACCAUGAACGAUCUGCAGUCCGGAAACUGCGUCUGAUGAAGUUGAAUAUAGGAUAUGAGCCUAAAGCCUCCAAGCAAUGGCUGUAUGAUCUGGAUGAAAGUGAUUAUGAGUACUUAAAGGAACUACCAUACACCAUUAGUAUACCUAGCCUCAAUGCCAUCAUUGUCCAUGGAGGGCUACUUCCUGGCAAACCCUUGGAGGAGCAUACACAGGAUGAGAUGCUCUUGAUGAGGAACAUCAUUGUUGAAGGCAAGGAGCUGAAAGCCACCAAGCAUAUCACUCACGGACAGCUUUGGGGAGAGCUCUGGAAAGGUCCCCAACAUGUCUACUUUGGUCACCAUUCGCUCGAGGGACUCCAGCGAUACCCUUACGCAACUGGGCUGGAUACCGGUUGCGUUUACCACGGAUCACUCACAGGUGUCUUUCUUACAGGAGAUAAGAAGUUAGUCUCUGUAAAAAAUGAGGGUUGCAGAAAUGAGGAAGUGAACCAACUUUAAGGAAGAGCUCUGUUCUAAAUACAGUGAUGUAGUCCAGGCCAAUCUUGUGAUAGACCAAAAACUCAGAUUCUACUGUGUCAAAUUCUUGAAGGUACUAUUCAAUGUAUGUGAAUGAUAUAUGUAAAGGUCACUGCUAAUAAAAAAAAAAAUGAUCCACCAAAAUAUUUAAAGGUGAAAAACAGUCCGCCCCAUCAUAUCAAUCUUUUUUAUUUGGGUUUUAAUAGGUGAUUAGUGUUGGCAAAUAUUCUUAUAUGUAGCUCAUCCUAAUAAUGAGCAUUAGCAGCUCUUUUAUGAUUACAUUAUAAGACAAAUCAAUUUUCCUGCAAAUACCCUUGGUCCUGCAGUUCUCCAAGACUGGAAGAAAUUAACAGAUAAAGGAGCUACAUGUACUCAUGUAGUAUUAUUUCAUGCAAGGUACCAGAAUUUCCCCUUUCCCUUUGUAUUGUGAGACAAUUUGCAUGCUUUAAAGGGAUGGUCCAGGCUGAAAGUAUGUAUAGCUUAAUAAAUAGAUUAGAAUUCAUUGAGCAAAAU